AUGUCGCCGGAUACAGAUAACCGGGAUCGACGGCGGGAUUACUCUCGUUCGCGCUCUCCUCGUACAAGUGGCAGUCGAAGGAGACGCGAUUAUAGCCAGGAAAGGUCUAGGGAUUACGACAAGGAACAUACACGUCGACGAAGAUCUCCAGAACGAGAUUCAGAAAAGCGAGAUGACUACCGAAGAAGGCGAAGGGACCACCCAGUGAGCUUCGGAAAGGACAGCGACAGACCACGAAGUCGGGAGAAGAGGGAUCACGAAACUCGAAGACGCCGACAUGAUUCAUCUGAGCUUGAUGAGCGUUCAACACGACGCGACAAACGCCACAGAUCACGUUCAAAGGAAACUAGGGGACGUCGAAGGUCUGGAGAUAGACGCGAUCGUAGUCGCUCUCCAGCAGCGCCAGUCCGAUCUCGAGGUCCGUUACCAUCUCAAAACGACGCUUUCGAGUCAACAGAGGUCACCAAGACGGGCUCGCCAGCACCAGUGAAAGAGAAGCCCAAUUUUGCAAAUACCGGGAGACUCGCGGCGGAAAGCAAUACAAUCGCUGUUAACGGCAGCACGGUAGUUCUCAAGUACCACGAGCCUCCUGAAGCACGCAAGCCGCCAGCAAAGGAUGACUGGCGACUUUAUGUCUUCAAAGAUGAAGAUUUGUUGGAAAUGGUACAACUAGGCGAACGUAGCUGCUGGCUGAUAGGGAGGGAAAAGCUUGUUGUGGAUUUUCCCAUUGAGCAUCCGAGUUGUUCUAAGCAGCAUGCAGCUAUUCAAUUCCGCUAUGUGGAAAAGAAGAAUGAAUUUGGAGACAAGAUGGGUCGUGUUCGACCGUAUUUGAUUGAUUUGGAGAGCUCUAACGGGUCUAUGGUCAAUGGGGAUGUUGUGCCUGGUGGUCGAUAUAUUGAGCUACGUGACAAGGACGUUUUGAAGUUUGGUCACAGCACUAGGGAAUACAUGGUCGGUACAACUACAAUUGCAACUGGAAAGAUGAUAACCAACAAUAAACCGCUAUCAAUGCAAUUAAUCAUGGUUUAG